AUGGAUGAAAUAACAUAAGCAUUUCAUGAUUUAGGAGUUCUUCUUUUAUUAGAAAAUCCUUAAGGUAUUCAUUUUGGCAUAGACAAUACUAUAUGGAAAGUAUCUGAAAAGUUUAAAGGAAUAAAAAUGAUUCCGCAUGGUACUCAUUAUAUUCAUUAUACCCUUGAAAGCGAAUAAAACAUGUUUAAAUUGGGUUUUUUCAUAAAUAUAUCGCCAUAAAAACGUAUACACGUAAGAAAAUGGGAUAAUGAUUCACAAGAUUAUAUCAAUUUACCUUUAGAAGAUGAAAAGAGAUAUAUUUAAGGCGUCUAAAGUUACUAAUUCGAUUCAUAUUUAGGUCCUUAUCCCAUAGAAAGAUUCCAAAUAUGGCAGGAAUGUUAAAAUUAUAUAAGUAAAGAAGUCUUAGACGAACUAAAUCCAAUAGAAAAACAAAUGUAUUAAAUAGAAUAAGAAUAUAAACAAAAAGAUGAUAUAAAGGUAAUCGCAGGAACCAUAUAUUAUAGUGAUAUUCCUAAAAUGAGAAGAUUUUAAUAGUUUAGAAUAAUGGAAAAAGUUAUUUAUAAUAAUAAUUUCAAGUGA